GCGGACGCACUUCCAGCUGUGGCGCAUUCCGUGGCUGUCGGACCGGGACGUGGGCGCGCGCGCGUGCAGAGACGUCGGUGUCGCUCAUCAGUUCCCGUUAAAUUCGCCGCUUGAUUCGUGACUUAAAACCGACCGGGACGCCAAACCAGCCCCGGGUUCUUUAUUCGUGUUGCUGAUCUGUGCUGUAUGCGCUGUCGGGGUUUUUACUCUGUUUUCGGGAAACGCAUUCCUGUCGCACGUGAAGAACACGUCACUUUACACGUUACUUUACACGACACUUUACAGGAUCGUUCGUCAUGACGGGCAUCGGAUCUGCCACGGACGCUGAGAGAGACGGGUCUGAAACCAUAUUGCAGCCGGAGUCAGACCAGAACCUCACGCCUGCUAAUUGUUCUCCAUUGGACCUGAUUGACACGGGCAAAGGGCUGAAGGUUCAGAGCACAGCGCCUCAUCUGGUCAGUCUGGGGAGCGGUCGGCUCAGCGUGGCCAUCACCGUACUGCCCCUGAAAGAAGGUAUCACUUGUAUCGGUCGUGAAGAUGCCGCCAUACCGCAGGAUAUCACCAUCCAGGGUCCUGGCAUCGAAGCUGAGCACUGCGUCAUCGAGAACAGAGACGGAGUCGUGACCCUGGACCCCUGCGGACACCUGUGUUCUCUCGAUGGCGUUCCUGUGACCACGCGCACCCAACUCACUCAAGGUUAUUCUCUGUGUUUGGGGAAAUCCUACUUCUUCCGUUUUAACCAUCCGGAGGAGGCCAGUCGGAUGAAGAGCAUGCUUCCUCAGAAGAGUCCCGUGUCCCCGCUGGUCUACAGCACAGAUUAUAUGAAGUUCAGUAGCGAUUUCAGUCCCAGCAUCGGAGGCCCGAGUUCCAGAGGUGUGCGGUCCGUCUCCGAGCUGCGCGAAUUAAUGGACACCUUACAGAGGAAAAAACAAGCCUUGGAGAACAGUCUGCGAACCAAUGGGGACAAUAGCCCCUCCUACUUCAGCAUGACCCAGUCCCCGCCCUCGACGCCCGGCUCCUUGUCCCCCAUAACCUCAUCAAGCUCCAUAUCUCCAUAUCAGGACCAAGCCAGACGACUCUACACGUCUGACCGGCCGCCUCUUUCCGGUAAAGUCCCCGCCCACUCGUCUAACAGCGUCCCCCCCUCGCCGCGACGCAGUGACCAGAGAGACUAUAACUCCGCACUUCCUCCUUUACGACCAAUGAUGCGGAACCAGUCCCAGGACAGCAUCCUGUCUUCGGAUAGUAGACGUGGCCAGACAUCAGGUUCUUUGCUGUCUAUGUGGAACGGUUCUGGCUCUACAGCAUGUGAUGCCCUUCCUCCAACUUCAGGAAGUGGAAGCGGAGCAGCUAGCAUGCCGUCCAGCCCACGAUUAGCACGCAGGCUACAGCCUGAGGAAGCUGGACGCCCAGUUCCAGCACCACGCCAAAGGAAGUACUCAGCUGGUUCUCUGACAGGAAUGGGGAUAGCCGCUCACAGCCGCUCGUUACCCCGCCUCUACCGCCCGGGUGAGGCCCAGCUCGCCCCUCUCACCCUGCCAUGGCCCCGCUCCUCACCCACCCCUGAGUCCGGUCACCAAAACGGACCCACUGAGGUGGUCUCCAUCUCCUUGUCCACCAGGACAAUUUCCAAGCAACCACCGGUGCGUCCGGAAGUGACCACACCCACAGGUGCCUCAACAAGUCCACGCCAAGCCAAGAAGGUGAGUCUGACCUCCAGCAGCUCCAACUCAGAUUUGGAGAAGCAGGCAGCAUGCAUGGAGCUGGGACUGGGAGAGAGGAGGCAGUCAUUUGGGAAGGCUGGGAUUGGACCACAGGGUGGAUUCCGUGAGAGAAAAGGAAGCAUCAGCUCUCUGAGUGGGAAAGAAGAGCUUCAGGAUUAUCACCAGAGACAGAGAGAUGAGAGACUUCGAGAGCAGGAGGUGGAGAGACUGGAACGCCAGCGUCUAGAAACCAUCCUGAGCCUGUGCUCGGAGCGGCAUCAGAGUGGCUCGGCCGUAGCCGACCUCCAGAAGAUCAAUAAAGAGCUGGAGAAGCUGCAGGUGUCCGAGGACGAAUCAGUGUUUUCCGACUCCGCAGAGAAAGGUUACGGCUGUGGGACUCUGCAGUGCCACGUCGUCGAGGAGCGGCAGCUACGCCAGCGUCGUUUCAGCGGGCAGCGAGACAUCAGGGUGGAGUCAAAUGCUGGGAAUCUUCUUAGCUCCGCCCCCACACCGUCUCCUCGACAGAUGCGAAAUAACAAGGCGCCCGAGGAGGAGGAUGUGCGGCUGAAGCAGGAAGUGACGCGUAUCGAAGAGGAGAGGAUUCAGGUGCUUAAUAACAUGGAGGAGCUGGAACAGAAGAUCAAAGAGCUGGACAACCAGAUGGACGAAUCCAUCCAAGAGAUGGAGGUGGAACGCGCUCUGUUAGAAGGUGAGCAGGAGUCUGAGGCGACUCAGCUGCAGCAAGAGAAAGAGACUCUGGAGCAGCUGAAGGACAAGAUGGCCGAUAUGGAGCAGAAGGUGCAGGCAGAAAAGUCACAGGACAAAGCCCAGCUUGAUGCUGAGCGGGUAAAGCUCGAGCGUCUGGCCGAAGUGUUGUCCGAGCAGCGCGCUCAGCUUGACACGUGUCCUGAAGCCCUGAAAGAGCAGCUCGUCAUCCAGCUGUCCAGGGAUGCUGAGAUGUUAGAGGUGGAGACAAAGCACUUUGAGGACCUGGAGUUUCAGCAGCUGGAGCGAGAGAGCCGUCAGGACGAGGAGAAAGAGACGCAGGCGCAGCAGAUCCUCCGAGAGAUCGCAGAGUAUCAGCGCAGCACCGUCACCCGCAAGGAGAAGUUGCUCGCUUUGAAGAAACAGUCCACACAGAUCAUCCAGCAGGCCCAGAAGGAGAAGGAGAGCUUCCUGAAGGAGAAGAACAACCUACAGAUGAUGCUGCAGCGGGAAAAGGAGAAUCUCAGCAACCUGGAGAAGAAAUAUGGUGAGCUGACAGGGGGGCGGAGCUUCCCCAUCAACCCCCUCAGUAUGAAGGAGGAAAGCUCCUUAUUGGCUGAUGUAUGUCAGCCUUAUAGCGAGCUUAGCCACACCCACCAUCUCUCUCUACUUCCUGUUGAUAUUGUGGCGUUUUCCUGUCUCUUCUCCUUUCUGUCCAUUAAAAGUGCCGAGGGUUAUGUCACAGUGAGUGAGAUCAAUGAACUUUAUGCCAAAUUGGGGGUGGAGUCAAGCCCCGCCCCCUUCCACCUCAAUGUCCCUGAGCGUCCCAGCUCUAGAUCCGAACCCAGCGCUAAUCCCGAAGACAACAGCGCAGCUUCAGGAGAGGACGAGACCUGCAUCUCUUCCUGCUCUCGCUCCGUCCCCAAACCUGUCUCUGUGCACUGGCCUGAGGAAAUGGUGACCUUCCUCGGCCCUUCUCCUCUUCCCAACUCUCUUCCUCUUCCUCUUCCUCCUCCUCCUCUCCCUGCCAAAAAACACUCACGGCACAGGCAGCAUUUUCGAAGUCUGGAGGAAAGGAAGAGAUUGGUGAAGGAGAGUCACGUGUGCGACACGCUUCCUCGGAAAAAGUCCCAGGCUGCAGUCAGCUCUCAGUUUAACUGUGCUACACUGGGUCGCAGCACACCUCCUAAAUCACAUCUUCCUUUAGUACAGAGCUCCAGCUGUGGCAGCGUCUUAAACAGAGUCCUUACAGUGUCUCCUAAAGACACAGAGACACGCCGACUACACAAGGGUCACAGUCAGCAGCUAGUGGGUGAGGAUCACCGAUCGAGACUGACAGAACUUGGGGGUCGCGCCGCCUCCCAGUCCAACGUCUACCUGGACUCUAUGGGUUACCGUGACAACGGCUUCGACACAUUCAGCGUGGACAGCUCAGACAGCAUGGAGACCAGCAUCUCCGCCUGCUCACCCGACAACGUCUCCAGCGCCAGCACCUCCAACGUGGCCAAGAUGGAGGAGAUGGAGCGGCUGCUGAGGGAGGCUCAGGCCGAGAAACAUCGACUCCUGGAGCACAGGGAGCGAGAGAUGGAGGUACGCCGUCAGGCUCUGGAGGAAGAGCGAAGGAGGAGAGAAGAUCUGGAAAAAAGACUACAGGAGGAAACGAGUCGACGGCAGAAACUCAUUGAGAGGGAGGUGAAGCUGCGAGAGAAACAGAGAGCUCAGUCUCGUCCGCUGACACGCUAUCUGCCUGUGAGGAAGGACGACUUCGACCUGCGCGGCCACAUCGAAUCGGCCGGACACAACAUCGAGACUUGCUACCACAUCUCCAUCACGGAGAAGACGUGCCGCGGCUUCCUCAUCAAGAUGGGAGGAAAGAUCAAGACCUGGAAGAAGCGCUGGUUCGUCUUCGACCGAAACCGCAGGACGCUGUCUUACUACGCAGACAAACACGAGGCGAAGCUGAAAGGCGUGAUCUACUUCCAGGCCAUAGAGGAGGUCUAUUACGACCAUUUAAAGAACGCACACAAGAGCCCGAAUCCAUCCUUAACGUUCAGCGUAAAGACUCAUGAUCGUGUUUACUACAUGGUGUCUCCAUCUCCGGAGGCCAUGCGGAUCUGGAUGGACGUCAUCGUCACCGGAGCGGAGGGAUACACGCAGUUCAUGAUUUAGACGUGUGUCACGAGUUUAGCUUAAGAGUGUGUGUGUGUGUGUGUGUGUGUGUGUGUGUGUAUUUCUGUUGUUUUCUCCUGGAUAGAUCUUGUGACCAUCAUCAUCAUCAGUGGUGUGCAGUGUAAAAGUUCCAUGUAGUUUUUUUUUUUUAAUCAUGUAUUAUCUAAAGUGCCUUCAGACUUCAGCAGCAGCUGUAACUGAUCUUCUUGUACCUUGGUCACAUGUCACUCAAAAUGAAGGACUCUGAUUGGUUGUGACAUCAUACGCAAAUGAGCGAACGGUUCAGCAGAGCAUCAUCUUUCACAUCGUGUUUCAUGAGGAAUUCAUUGCAUUUUAAUUUGUGUGUGUGUGUGUGUGUGUGUGUGUGUGUGUGUGUGUGUGUGUGUGUGUGUGUGUGUGUGUGUGUGUGUGUGUGUGUGUGUGUGUGUGUGUGUUGAUCAUCAGGGAUGCACAGGUCAACAGCAACAUUAAAGGUGCAGUCUGUAAUUUGGUCUUAAACCCUGUGAUCAUUUCGGAAAUACAUGAGAAAAUAUUUUCAUGUAAAGUUUCUUGAUUUCAGCUUUGAGAAUGAGCUCCACCUUCGAGUCAGAUCACGUGCUUAGCCCCACCCCUUCUCUUAUAAAAAGCAACACAGUAUACUGUAGUAUAUAUUUACAGAAAUGUCAGUUUGGGAUUUAAACUUUUCAGUCAGCAGGAGGCGCUACAAAAUUACACACUGCCUCUUUAAUGUUUAAAUACCAAAGAAUUCACAUAAAAUUUCACACAGUGUGUGUGUUUGUCUCUCUCUGUGUGUGUGUGUGUGUGUGUGUGUGUGUGUGUGUGUGUGUGUGUGUGUGUGUGUGUGUGUGUGUGUGUGUGUGUGUGUGUGUACAGAUCUGUAUGUUUUGUAAUCUUCACAGUAUCCAAAGGUGCUAAAGGAUGUUUGCUUUAAUUUUUCUGUAGGGUUUAUUUGUGUAUGUUGACAAAUGCUCUUGAGAUUUCACAGUAAUUCAGUAUUUUAAGAUUUUGUGUCAAUGAGACACAAUUACAGAAUUACUGAGAAUGCAGGAUAUUUUAAAAAUAUCUAUUUUUAACAGUAAGGAGAAUGAGUUCUAUAUCCCAGUUGCUGU